AUGGACAACCUGCAACACAACCCUCGAAUCAGCCCUAACCCUCAACACCACCGCCCCCUCCCCUUCCGCCCUCUCGCCCCAGGAGAAGCCUUAAUCCGCGUCCACGCCGCCUCCCUCAACCCCGUAGACUACAAGCUCGCCGAAGUCCCCCUAAUCGGCCGCCUCGCCAUCCCCAAACCCGCAACUCCAGGCCUCGACUUCGCCGGCGUCGUCGCCAGACCCGGUCCCAACUCAGCCUUGAAAGCAGGCCAGCGUGUCUUCGGCAAAUUGGAACCUAAACAGCAGUACGGCACGCUGGGCGAGUAUAUCAUCGGCUCGGCUGCUGGGACUGUACCUUUGCCUGAUGGCGUGUCGUUUGAGGAGGGUGCGACGCUGGGGGUGUGCGGGUUGGUUACGUAUCAGUGUCUUGUCAAGAACGUGAAGAGGGGCGAUAGGGUGCUGGUGAAUGGUGGGAGUGGGGGUACGGGGACGUUUGCGGUGCAGAUUGCGAAGGCGUUGGGGUGUGAGGUUGUUACGACGUGUUCUAGCGCGAAUGUGCAGCUGUGCAAGGAUCUGGGCGCGGACGAGGUCAUUGAUUACCGCACACAGAGCGUAACAAGCGUAUUAGAGAACGGCGAGAAGAAGUUUGAUUUCGUGCUCGACAACGUUGGUGAGCCGGCUGCGUUGUAUUGGAAAGCACCGAGUUUCACGAAGCCCGGUGCGAGGUACGUACAGAUUGGAUCACAGGUCAGCCUGGGGUUCAUAUACGACCUUGCGUUCAGGUUCGUUGUGCCUACGUGGCUCGGAGGUGGACAAAGACCGUUCUCGUUCGCUUUUGCAUCGACGAAUUUCGACGACUAUCAGGGUUUGGCGGAUUUGCUGGUGAAGGGACAGGUUAAGCCGGUCAUCGAUGAGGUGUUUGAAUUGGAGAAUGCGCCGAAGGCAUACAGGAAGCUGAGAACAGGGCGGGCAAGGGGCAAAAUUGUGGUAAGAGUUGUGAAUGAGUCCUGA